AUAUAAAAGGUGUCGCCUUACUCUUCAUAUUUGUCGUUCCAUUUGUGCCAAUGGAGAAGAAAAGAUAUGCAAUUGUGACGGGAGGAAACAAAGGGAUAGGAUAUGAAAUAUGUCGUCAACUUGCGUUGCAAGGGGUUCAAGUCAUAUUAACAGCCAGAAACGAGAGUCGCGGGAUGGAAGCUGUCAAAAAAAUUAACCUUCCGAAUGUUAUAUUUCAUCAACUUGAUAUCAAAGAUCCAUCCAGUGCUGCGCGUUUGGCCAACUUCAUCGAAACUCAAUUCGGAAAACUUGAUAUCUUGAUCAAUAAUGCAGCAGAAAUUGGAGUGAUGAUACUUGAUGAUCAAAAAUUUAAAGAUGGAGGUUUUUUACAAGUGGUGGAUGAGAAAGCACAUCUUUUAACCAAUAUUAUCAAAGAACCUUAUGAAUUGGGAGAAGAGUGUCUCAAGAUCAAUUAUUACGGAACCAAAGUGAUCACAGAAGUACUCCUUCCGCUUCUCCAACUCUCUAAAUCUCCCAGAAUCGUCAAUGUUAGCUCUAUUUACGGAGACCUAUACUGGUUUCACAAUGAAAAGUUGAAACAAGAGUUGCAAGAUAUCGAAAACUUGACUGAAGAGAGGAUUGACGAGAUAAUCCAAUGGUUUUUAAGGGACUUUAGGGCUGGACUAUUAAAGGAGAAUGGAUGGCCACUCACGACUUCUGCUUACAAAGUUUCAAAAGUUGUUCUUAAUGCUUACACGAGGCUAAUGGCUAGAAAGUUCCCAAACAUUAUGGUGAAUUGUGUGAACCCUGGGUACGUUGCAACCGACAUGACAUCUCAAAUUGGAUUUAUCACGGCGGAAGAAGGUGCUAAAGGUCCGGUUAUGGUUGCUUUGUUACCUGACGGUGGACCGUCUGGUGCCUUUUUCAAUAAGACACAAAUUGCUCCUUUUUCAUCAAUGGAGUCGAAAGUUGAAUAAAGGUUUAGCAAGCUUUGAGUGUUGAUGAAUAAAGAGCGAGGCAUGGGUAGAUUGCUUGAAAAGGAUUAUAGUUUACUCAUAGUGGCUGCUCCUUUAGACCUUUGAAUUUAUGUUUAGAUAUUUAUGAAUUGUAUUGACUUGUGAUCGGUUGUUUUAUGUUGGGCAA